AUGGUGGUAGAUGCCUGUACAGAGGAGGAUAUAGCUAGGGAGGCCUCAUGGAUCCAAGAAUCUAUGACAGCAGUCCUAAACCAGUUCGCCAAACCAAUACGGGUAUGCUCUUGUUCAAAGCGUUGGUGGCAAGCAGAGGUCAAGCUGGCCCGGGGGACAUAUACCCAGGCAAGGCGGGCAUGGCAGACAGGGACCUUAGGGGAUAGGGAACAUCGAGAAGCCCGGAACACCUACUACAGAGCCAUACGGCGAGCAAAGCGGGAAUGCUGGGAAGCCUUUUUAAUAGGGCCCAUGGAAACUGGGGACCUCCUGGGCCCAGAGGAUGCCACCCGAUGCUGGCAGGCCCUCCGGUAUACUACCCCGAAGGCUGCAAGUACGACCCCUACCCUCCGGGGUGUUAUGAGCCAACAGGAGAUAACGCUGUCCAACACAGCAAUGCAGGAUGAAACAAUUACCCCGCAAGGCAGCAAUAGGGCGAACUCCAGAUCACGUGACAAGAAUGAACAUUGA